AUGACCAGUCGGCCUUCGACCUCAAGUGCCUCCAUUGUCGCGCCAUGCUACUGGUCCGCCUCUCCGACCUACCACACAUGGGUCAAACUCACAGCGGCCGACAUCCAUGCGCUGCGGGCUGAGCGGGGAUACGAAGGCCAAGGCGUAUACUUCCACCUAAACCACCCAAUCCGCUACGUCCGCCUCGUGGCGCCCAUCCUCGCAAUCGACGAUCCCAGCCCGCGUCUCGCCCUCCUCACCCUCGACGACGGCAGCGGGGCCACUAUCGAAGUCAAGAUCCAGCGUCUCGACCCAUCCGUCUCCUCCAGCGUCGACUGCCCCUCCAACACCGCUGUCGAGAACGUGAACAUCGACGCGAGGCUCGGCGUCUUCGAUGUCAUCGUCGAUGGGAGGCGGCUGGAUAUCGGCACCGUGGCCAAGGUCAAGUGUAGCAUCUCGGAGUAUCGCAAGACGAGGCAGCUGGAGCUGAAGCGGAUUAGCCUUGUUGAUACAACGGAUGAGGAGGCGCGGGCUUGGAAGGAGCUUGCGGUAUUUCGCCGGCAGGUUCUGGGUAAGCCGUGGGUGCUUUCUGCGGAGGAGAUGAAGGCCGUAGAGGAACAGGUCCAGCGGAAGAAGAGGAAGAAGAGGAAGGAUAGGGAGAGGGUGUCACUAAGGGGUACCUCGGGAUAA